AGUGGGGCCUACUGGCCUGCCGUACCGCAUCGCCGACACCAUCCCCUGCGCGAGCAGAUAGACAUCAGUGGACAAGAGCUCUCCUGCUGCCAGACGCAAGAUUGAUCCAUGGAGAGGUGAAAGAGUCGAUUUUUUACGCCGGAUAUUCCUCUGGGCACCCAAAGGCCAACAGCAAGGCUACAGCCACUACAGCCACUACCCUGCUUCACGGACCACAACCCCACCAGCACACUUCCCCAGGUUGUAUCCGUCGCCAUGGGUUCCGGGUUGGAUGCAGUCAUGUCGUACUUGCGGAUACCGCUGCUCGCCUCUUCUGGUAUUGCGGCGCUUUGUAGCGGUCUGUUAUACUUCAAGCAGAAUGAGCUGAUAUACCCACGGGCAUUCCCACCUGAUGCGCGGACCAAUGUUCCGCGCCCUUCUCAGUUUGGUCUCACUGAUUACGAAGAGUUGUUCAUCCCAACGCCAGAUGGCGAGUCUCUCAGCGCUUUCUACAUUCGACCAAACAAGCAACAUGCUCGCAACGUGACAAUUCUUAUGUUUCAUGGCAACGCUGGUAACAUCGGCUACCGACUUCCUAUCGCUAAGAUAUUGGUGAACGAGCUUCGUUGCAACGUGCUCAUGCUUCAGUACCGUGGCUACGGUCUGUCGUCUGGGAAUCCAAACGAGAAGGGGCUUAUGAUCGAUGCUCAGACAGGCCUGGACUACAUCCGGAGUCGGUCAGAACUUCGAGGCACGCAAGUUGUCAUCUACGGGCAGAGUAUUGGAGGGGCUGUAGCUAUCGGACUAGCUUCUCGCAAUCAGAAGCAAGGCGACAUCGCCGGUGUUAUUUUGGAAAACACGUUCACCUCGAUCCGAAAGCUUAUCCCAUCUGCAUUCCCCCCUGCCCGAUUUCUUGCGCCACUCUGUCACCAGAUAUGGCCCAGCGAAGACACAAUGCCGACAAUCACCUCGAUGCCAUUUCUGUUUUUGAGCGGCUUGAAAGACGAGAUUGUUCCGGCCGCCCAUAUGGCCCGCUUGUACAAAGUAUGUAGAGCGCCGAAGGUAUGGAAGGAGCUUCCUAACGGGACUCAUAACGACACAGUUGCAGAGCCGGGGUAUUUUCAGUACAUAGACGAUUUUCUGGGGAAAGUCGCCACAGCUUAG